CUUGAGCUUGCUUUUUCUUCCGAAUAUCAAGACCUAUCUGAUUGAUAAUGAUACCGUACUCACUUCGUGUUUCAGCCAAGGCACCUUGAACCACGUGGUCGAAAGUCAGAGAGCCAAACAGGCAGCGGGUUUAAGGCAGGAUCUCAGUGACGCCUCAACCGAGAUUUGCAGUGCGAUGAGACAUGAAAGAGCUCAGAGCACUGAGAGCAGUGGUUUAAGUGCACUGUCUGCUCACUAUCUUCUUGGUGCAGUUCGAUUCCAAGACAGGUGAGUAGACAAUACUACACUGAGACAGAUCUCGGCCAGACAAGGUGGAAACAGUGAUUAUGAUCACUUCUACUAGUCUUCUAGCGGUGAUAAUGGCAGCGGGCCAGACUAGACGUGAAUCAUCAGUGUGUUUGGCACUGUCUGUGGGACUGCGUACCCAAAUUCCAGAACAAUGUCGGCAAUGGCAUUCAGAAUGAAUCUGAAAGAGAGAAAGACGACAAAGCGAAGAGAUGAGAUGAGACGAGACAUUGUGAUCGAGACCGCUGCUUCUUGACGUUCGCAGGCCAGGCGACAUGAAUCGACAUCAUUCGAGGCAAUAGGCACCUCAGCCAGCGAGUCAGAUACAGAGACACAAACGGAUUCACAACUACUGCGUGCCUACCUGCCUUUCGGGUCUGUCUAUCGGUCCAUCUAUUCUAUUUACAUAUAUAUACCCCCAUCGCGAACACCCCGUCGUCGAGAGAAGGAACACAAACAACAACAACAACAACAACUCUCAGUCCGAGCAUAACUCCUUCCAAAUUCCUCGCGGCUUGAAUUGUCAAAAUCACCCCUUUUGAACAAGAUUGAUUGAACAUAUUCUCCAAGAGCUCAGCCGGCCUGAGCGUACGGUCUUGAUCCCGUCCCUUUGUGUCGCUGGUCGACUCUAGCGGAGAGCCUUGAGUAAUAAAUCGUCGGCGAGUCAGUCAGCCAGUCAAUAACCUGGGGAAAAUUAAGUUUCACUGCUCAACAUGCUUUCGAGAUUCAUGGGGAUGAAUAAAAGCUGCUCGUCGAGACCAGGACCGACAAUGGAGCAAUUGAACGACAUAAGCGGCACCGAUACCGAUACUCUCUCACUCAGCAGCGCCAGCGACUUAUCUCCGGAGUGCCCAGAGACGAACAAUGACAUGAACCAAAACCAUGGCGAUGACAGCAACAGCGACGACAGCAGCUCUGCUGAGUAUCAUGAUUUCAGUGAAUCUGGCACCAGCACUGGCAGCACACCCUCAUCUCCAUCCUCAUUAAUCGGCGAAUACGGCUCCGACAUGAGCGACAGCGAAGAAAUCGGCAACAACGGCAACGAUUGCAUCUACUCACAGAUGCUCCAUGACCUCGCCAACCUCAGUGAAAUGUGUACCGCAUCAGAAUCAUAUGCUCAACACGUCGAGCGCAAACUCGAGAUUGCCAUCGACCAACUCGCAGACCAAGAGCAAGAAAUCGAGUCCUUGACCACAGGAGUUGAGAAUGCAAAGACCGCCACAGAAACCCUCCAGACCGAACUUGAAAAGGGGAAGAAGAAGGCAGCGAAUCUCAAGACCGAAAACAUCAGUCUCAAGAAGCAACUCGAGCAAUCUGGCGUUAGUAGUUUGAAAAAGAAGUUGAAUGAUGCGAAUCGUGAGCGAGAUGCGGCUAGAGAAGAAGUGAAUAGGUUGAAACAGGAAAUGGAGACGAUAUCCGACACCAACACGAAAACGAAUGACCUCAACGUGGAGCAGCUCAUUUCUAGGCUCAACAAAAAAUUGGGAAAUCUGAGUUUGGAUGGCACCGAGACAGACGCUGAGGCAGAGUCAGAGUCAGAUGCAGUAUCGGUCAGCAGCAGCGCCACUACCAGUGUCAGCACCUCUGGUUUCGUCACAGGACAUGAACAACAACAACUCGUCACCAUCGUCAUCGCUCUGUUGAUGGUCCUCAAGACGAAUCUAUCUGAUUUGAACCGACGGGUCGGCGAAUCGCGCGCUGAUCAUGUCAAUGACGCAUUCACCAUGUUACUCGCCCUCGAGAAUCGGGUCAAAGAGACGACUGGUCGGUUGAUCAGGGAGAUUGAAGCAUGUCUGUUGAGCAUGACGAAGAGAAGCUAGAAUAAACGGAACAGCGGAAGGACAAACAUAACAAUGGAAGCUGUAUCAGCAGCAUCAGCAACGGCGACAACAGCAGCGACAGCAGCAUCACAACUGCGGCAACCAGGAGACCAUCUAUCUCCAGGUUCGACAAUGAUAAGCACAGAGGCUCAGCGAGGCGAUGGGGGUCCCCAGGGCUGACGGGGAGAGAAAGGGAGAGGAAGGAAAAAAGAGCACGCACGUUCUUUUUCGGGUAUAUUUCCACUCGUUUGCAAAGUAUAAGGAAGAGAGGGGAGAAGAGGGUAAUUACCAAUGACACUGACCGAGUCUUUCGCUAUUCAUCAAACGACAUCGUCGAGGAUAGGGCUGGAAAAUUGGGAAACUGGGGACGACAGCAGACAGAAACACAGGGCGAAAGAGGCUGGGCUAGGGAGAAGGUAGAAUGAGGGGCCUUUUUCCAACAACAGACAGAGCAAGGCUGAUUUGACGGGAACAGAAUGGAAAUGAAUUAAGAAUAGACAAGGGUGAGAAAGGGGGAGACAGAGAUACGAUGGGACGGGUGCAAAGGUAUAAUAAUGUGACGGCAACUUUGCCGAAAAGGGGGGCACAAGGCUGAGGCUGGGGUUAUACGGGUAUACGACGGGUACUAGGUAGAUAGAAGGAUAGGAUGAUCUGCAGAACUGAACACCCAACAUUUUUCAACCACUCCACAUUCUCUCAGAGAGGGAACCAUAUCGUUUCGUCUUUCCAAGCUUACACACAUGCUCAUACCCUCUUCUGUUCUGUCUUCCGUCCCAAUAUCAGCCGAUUGACACUGGGCGUCCUCGGAUACGUACAUGCACCUGUGAGGAGCUGAUUCUGACAUCUAGCAAUAAUGAUACAGCGUGAUGAACCGGAAAUAGUGGGCGAAAGGUAUAACUUCAAGGGGCAAGGGACAAAAGAAAGAAAACGAAGAAACAGGGACAGGCACAGAUCUGCCCCGUCCCGAAAUGUGUGAUGUGACAGUUUCGAAUUUUGAUUCUUCUUCUCAGUCUUCAGGCAAUGAUGGCCACAUCAUUGCGCUGCAGUGCUCUGCACUCUAACCGCCCUGGGAACAUUGAUUCGAUCCUACCCGACUUGGCCGGGCCCGAUCUGAUCUGCUCUGAUAAGCCGGCAAAUCCAUCGUCAAACCUCCUCCCCUCAAGCGUCAACGCCAAAGAACUCCAGCGCCAGGCUGAUGCUGAACGUGAAUCGUUGUGUACAAAACUCGUUGGCUUGCUAUGCUGGAAAAUGCGUGAAUUGUUUUCAGUGGAAAAACCUCUCUGCCAUCUCAUAUGCAGUUCCACAGGCGGCGCGCUGUCCUCUGUUCAGCUCAGAUCUGGUCGACUCAGCUCGUGUCCGCUCUUAUGUUCGGUGCUAUGUUUGCUCUUCUUUCUAGCAAUUGAAUAACUCGGACAUCUCUGCGACAUACCCAUGGGCAAUGUCUUCUCAUAGCUGAGGUGGAUUGAAAGCCUCUGUUUUGCUGGGCUCAACACUUCAAAAAGUGCGAAAGUAGAAUUCGAAUCUGGAAUUCAACCUUUCUCCGUCUCAUCCCGCAGAUUCUUGCUUGGGCCCUCUGGGAAACGACCCUUUGACUCUUGACCAGGCGCUACCGAGAGAGUCCUUGAACUUCUCCCAGGCGGAUCGAUUCAAUUUAUUGCUGAGCUCCCGAUACAUGUACAUCUCGGCCCAACAGUCUCGACCCCACUCACAGCCGGCCAUGUUGACGACAAAAUCGCGAUCUUCUUCACGGUAAUGGAAGCGUGGGUCAAGCAGGGGCUUUCCUUCUUCGACCUGCUGCCCUUCUUUGGGUUCCACAGCACAUGCCCCAGGAGGGAAGGAAUUGAUUUUGCGCUGUUCAAUAAAGGCAAAAUGUGUUCUCAUGUACGGCUGAGAGGCGUACAAAUGCUCCAGAGCAUCUUGUUCCUUGUGCUCCCACUCCAUGUGUUUCUGUUCAUACAGGACCGGGUCCCACCACAUGUCGAGCAGGCGGUCGGUGAAAGGUGAGCGACGUAAGAAGAAAGAUCCUAGGUUGAAACCACCGCAAUCCUGCGGGAUGAUAAUGUCGAUGGAAGAGGUUCGGUUAUCGCCCGUCGGCGAGCGGGCCACUGGAUCGAGAAACUUUGAUGUCGGAGGAUGGCUGAUAUUAAGCGGAUUGUACACGUUGAUGUCGCGGUAGACGGUUUUGUCGAGAUGGUUGAAGAUAUGCGAUUGGAGGGACACCGACGGUUCCAUGAUGAAGGUGUUCAAGUCAAGCCACCAGAACCUGCCUUGGAUGUCAGUGACCGGUCAAACUUGAACAGAAUAGAACGGGCGUUUGUCUACCAUUCAGCAUUAGGGUACCUAGCCAUAGCGCUGCGCAUCAGGUCGACUUUCUCCCAACUUUCUCUCCAUUCAUGGGC